CCGGAUUAGAGUGGUAUGUACUUCCGGUUGCUUAAACGACCAUGCAGUCCGUGGAAGACAGGGGGAAAACUCAUCCAAGGUCAAAGUCAGCUGAACUGAAGGACCUUAUUGACCAAGAAGAGUUCACCCUCCGAAAACGUCUGCCACGAAAAUUACCAAAACGCAAGAAUGAUGUGUAUGUUAGUCGGAAGACAGACUUCAAAAGUCAGCUUGAAAGAUGUAAAAAGAUACUGGACUUGGAAAAUGAAGUUUUUAUUCACGGUUUAGGUGCAGCAAUAACCAGAGCUUCAAAUCUGGCAUUAACACUUGAGUUAACAGGCCGAGGCAGUCUGUCGACUGCUGUUCAUACCUCCACUGUAGAACUUGUGGACGAUCUGGAACCAGAUAAGGAGGACAAUGAGCCAGACACAUUUUCACGAAACAAUUCUGCAAUUCAUAUAAAAGUCUACAAAGUCCAAAGUGCUUUAUUAGUGACAUCAGGUGAAGAUUCUUCUCACCGAUGAUUGUGAUGUGUGUGAUAAUCAUCAUUCUCUGCAAUGGACAAGAAGUUUUGUCAAAACAUUAGUAAGACAUGAGACAUCAUUUUGACAGCCCACUUGUCACUGAUAGUGAUGGUGACUUGGAAACCAUUAUUUUUAGUUUUUCUUCAUAAACUAAUUAAUCUUUCACUAAUAAUAAUAUCAUCUGUGGUUUUUAUGUUUUGCUGCAUACCCAAUGUAUUAGUUAUAUACUGGUGUUUAUCACCAGACUGUAUUGAUUAUUACAAUGCAUAAUGAUCAAACUAAAAUUGGACCUCUCAAAGUAGUUUUGUAAUCUGUGCUUUGAGAGACAUAGGUUAUGAAGCAGUUUUCAGAGGUCUGAUUUUAAUUAAAUUGAUACUGUGGAUCAUUUCUCAAUUAAAAUAUUUACUGUAACUGUUCAAAGGGAAAAAUAUGACUAUUACAUUGAGCAGACAUUUUGUUGUUGGAACAGUAACAGAUAUGACAUCAUCAGCAAGCUUAAAGUUGUUAUUUUUUAUGGAUUAUUUUGACAAUAGGUUUUCAAUAUAGUUUUUGGCUAUUAUGCCAUGAUAGACAUUUUUUUAAUUAUAUUAUAUUAAAAAAAAUGACUGCAUUGUUUGGAAUGGUCCUAUUUGUAAUCUAACAUCUGAUUAUCUGAUCGGUCGAAGUUGAUUGCCAAUAAAAUUAUAGCACAAUGUCAA